AUGAAGUUCAUAAUAGCGUUUGGCAUUUUGACUGUGGUCGGGUUAACAUUGGCGGACACUGUUUUGUAUCCGCGUGGAUGUAUAUAUGCAUUGGGCAGAUGUAUCAGAGAGUGCGAAGAAGGAACUCGAGCUUACACAACCGGUUGCGGUCCCUUGAAACCUGAGCCGACCUGCGAAGAACCGGACCCAGUGGAGGGGAAAGGAAUAAUCUGCGACUACUCUGCGUGCUAUUGCGAACCGCCCACUGUUCGACACGCGGACAGCGGAAAAUGUAUGCUGAUUGAGGAAUGUCCCCAGAACUAG